AUGCACACCGUUUUUCGAAUUGAUGAAGUUCGAAAACUGGACAAGAAAAGUCCAUUUUAUCAAGUGGACCUUAAACUUACGUCGGAUGAUGACCAACAAUUGCGUCAAUUAACCGACCGUAUACGAGAAGAAGUCGGCGGCACUGGAUGGUAUCGACUGGGUCAGUUGCUGCUCAAAAUAAGUCAAUUUGACAAGGCUGAAGAAUUAUAUAAAGCACUACUAGAACAAGUAUCCAACGACAGUGAUAAAGCAUAUAUCUAUCACCAGCUUGGAUGGGUGAAAGACGACCAAGGACAAUACAAAGAAGCAGCUUCAUUUUAUGAAAUGUCUCUCAAAAUUAAACGAAAAACUCUACCAGAAGGUCAUCCUUCAUUGGCUCCUACAUACGGCAACAUCGGUUUGGUGUAUAAGAACAUGGGUGACUACUCGAAAGCACUUGAAUUUUACGAAAAAUCACAUCAAAUCUACGAAAAAGCUCUGCCUUCGAAUCAUCCCGAUUUGGCUACUUCAUACAACAACAUCGGUCAAGUGUAUAACAGCAUGGGUGACUACUCGAAAGCACUUGAAUUUUACGAAAAAUCACAUAAAAUCUACGAAAAAGCUCUGCCUUCGAAUCAUCCCGAUUUGGCUACUUCAUAG